GCACGCAGUGCCGUGUGUGGGCAGUUAUAAGAGAACUUGUUGAAGCUUCACACUCUCAGUUUGUCGUAAGUCACUUCUCAUGUUUUCCACCGGCCUCACACUCAAAUAGCUGUUAGUUAGCGAUGUUCCGACGGAAAGACCGAGGUAGGACCCGACGAACAACAGCCAGCCGUUAGUGUCCACAAAAGCAGCGGUUACUGGGUACAAGCAAAUCCCGGAACUUGACACGGGAGGAACCGAGCUAACAUUAGCUAGCUUUUUGUUGACAGUGUGCUUGCUGUCAAACAGGAGCUCCGCUAAAGUGACCGCAGGUAGGCGGAUAACCGCCCUCAGACGUCUCCGAGCGACACUCGUUUAGCGACCGGUUCGGCUUUUAUUAGGGCCGAAAUCCGUUUGAAGUUUCGGUCACUUUUAACCACUUGUGGAUCUUGAAGAUGGCAUCAAGAGGAGGCUUCACGGGUCCUCCGAUGAAUCCCAAUGUGAGCCCCAUGAACGUCGGGCACGCCGCGGGCAUGAGGAUGGCAGGAAUGCCGCAACCUCCGGCGGGAUACCCCCGGAGCAUGAACACCACUCCCCAGUACCCCCAGCGCCCGGGGAUGCCACCCAAUAGAGUGGGGGGCCCCAUGGGGUCAAUGGGGGGUCAGCUGCCAGGCCCCUCUUACGGCGGCGGUAACAUUCCCAUGAGGCCAGGCAUGGGACCCCCGAGCAUGGACGCCUCAAGGAAGCGCUUUCUUCAUCAGCAGCAUCAACAUCAGCAGCAAGAGGCGCUGGGAGGCCUCAGACGAGGACCAAAAAGGCGCAAGAUGGCCGACAAAGUUCUGCCACAGAGGAUCCGAGACCUGGUCCCAGAGUCCCAGGCCUACAUGGAUCUGCUGGCCUUCGAGAGGAAGCUGGAUCAGACCAUCGCCCGAAAGCGUAUGGAGAUUCAGGAGGCCAUCAAGAAGCCCAUUAUGCAAAAGCGUAAGCUAAGGAUCUACAUUUCCAACACUUACACUCCCAGCAAGCCUGAGGGUGAGGAGGCGGAGAAGGUGUCCUCCUGGGAGCUGAGAGUGGAAGGCAAACUCCUGGAGGAACCUGGCAAGCAGAAGAGGAAGUUCUCAUCUUUCUUCAAAAGUCUGGUGAUUGAGCUUGAUAAGGAGCUCUAUGGACCUGACAAUCACUUAGUAGAGUGGCACAGAAUGCCCACCACUCAGGAGACGGAUGGUUUCCAGGUCAAAAGGCCCGGCGACGUGAAUGUGAAAUGCACCCUUCUGCUCAUGCUCGACCACCAGCCCCCUCAGUACAAAUUGGACCCACGGUUGGCUCGCCUUCUGGGUGUGCACACACAGACACGGGCCAGCAUCAUGCAAGCUCUCUGGCUCUACAUCAAGAACAACAAGCUGCAGGAUAGUCACGAGAAGGAGUACAUCAAUUGCAACCGCUAUUUCAGACAGAUCUUCGGCUGUCCACGCAUGAGAUUCUCUGAGAUUCCCAUGAAGCUGGCGGGCCUGCUGCAGCACCCUGACCCCAUUAUUAUCAAUCACAUCAUUAGUGUGGAUCCCACAGAUCAGAAAAAGACAGCGUGUUAUGACAUCGAUGUGGAGGUGGACGACCCACUGAAGGGCCAAAUGAACAGCUUCCUGUCCUCUACAACCAACCAACAGGAAAUUGCUGCGCUUGAGAUGAAGAUUCAUGAAACCAUUGAGUACAUCAACCAGCUGAAGACUGAGAGAGACUUUAUGCUGAGCUUCAGCAAUAAUCCACAGGACUUCAUCCAGGACUGGCUGAAGUCUCAGAGCAGAGAUCUGAAGUUGAUGACUGAUGUGACUGGAAACCCGGAGGAGGAGAGGAGGACUGAGUUCUACCAGGCACCGUGGGUCCCAGAGGCAGUGGGACGAUACAUUUACUCAAAAGUGCAGCAGAGAAGACAGGAGUUGGAGCAAGUGUUGGGUAUCCGACUCACCUAAAGAUAUAUUCCAGAGGAAUCCCAGCUGACUUAGCACUCAUCAGAUGUUAAUGUCCACUUAAGUGAAACUGGAAGGAAUCAAGCUAACGUUGCAGCUUCAGUGUCCGUAAAGCCAUCGUCAUGUAAUGAGUAUACGGGACCAAAGUGAUGAUUUGCAUGUCUUUUAUAGUACGCUUGCCUUGCAUUGUCUGCCAUUUUGAGCCUGUUCAAAUAACCUUUGCCUUUUUUUGCAAUAUGUUUCACUUAUGGUACAGAAUGCUUAAAACUGUUUAAGCACUGGUGCUGUUAAGAUGUUUUUUUUUUUUUACUAUCACCUUGUGUGCUAUUACGAAAUGGUGCCUGUUUACCUUCACUUUUAAAAGCCAUAACCUUUAGAUGGGGGCAAUGCCUUAUGCCCGCUAACUAGAAAUGGGAAGCCUUGUAGGACUGAAUAUAUAGGUUCAUACUAUAACACAUUUUACUGCAGAAAAUGUUGAUUAUAUUUUUGAAAACACAUGGGAAUGAGAAGUCUAAAUGUCUAAUGGAUUGAUAAAAGCUAGAAAUUGCUUUUUAUGCCAACAUAGCUGUUUUUUGUUUUUUUUUGGUAGAUACAUAAUCUGAAAUGAAAAGAGCAGGAUUUCCAAGAAGGCUCUACUCUGGGAAAAGAUUGAGUUCCUGAUUUGUAAAAGAACGAGUCCACUCGGUCCAGCUGUUGUUCUUCAGCUCUUCUUUUGUACCUUUUGAAUGUUUACAUGCUGUUUUCAUUUGUUAUUGGGGUGUUUUAUUAUUUGUAAUGCCAGGAAGAGGACCUGCGGCAGACUUUCUGAACUGCAGAGAUCUUUAUCUGUAUAACUGGUAUGAAUUUAAAAAUAAAUCAAUAAGUAAAGAAUAGAAAUGCAACUGUAGUUACUAGUCAACUCAACAAAGCGCCAAAUUGUUGUGUACAGUUUUCAUUUGUUAACUUUUCACUGAAUUUGUUUUUUUGUCUUGAGAAGUUCUUGAAACAUUCCAUGUUAACAUUUUGUGCCAAAUGUGAGGAAGGCACAUGAAUUUGAGAAAUAUUGUGUACAAAUGGUUUUCAUUUUUUGUACAGCCUCUUUGUAAAAUGUUUGCAUGUUGUGUAUCAAUCAAAAGCCUUUAUCUUUUAUACAUUUGGAGUAUUUUUUACAAUAAAUAUACUUACAAAUGUU